AAUAGGACGCGUUGAACUUCGCCACAGGCAAAUAACUAACUGUUCAGUUCAUUUUGUGUUUUAGGAAGGCGAAAAAGAGCGCCAAACUGUAGCCUGCAAAUAUAGGACUUCCAUCUGUGGAAUUAUGAAUUGAAAGAUGGAGCCCAAAGGCAGCAGUGGCAUGUCUGUACCAAGUCAAGGUAGUGCGGCUACGGUGGGCGAUGCCAAGGGCGGUAUAGUUUCUUUAAAAACUAGCGGCCCAGAGAGCCGAAGCGGGGUGGUUAUUCGGGUCGGAGGUGAAAAUGACGCGGGUAAAAUGAUGCCCACUGGUGCUAAAGAUGCUAGUCAUAUCAGUUCAGAACCACAAGAACAUACUCUUCGCAUCCCAAAGCUUCACCCAAAGGCCAAACACCGCAAGAAAGACACAGAAGACGAGGAAAAAGAUCCCGGAGAAGAAACCACUGAAAAUUCAUCUGUGAACUGCGAAGAAAGGACCUCGGAUGUAGAUGAAAAUGGAGUCCUUAACGAGGAGGAAGGGGAGGAAGAGGAAGAUGAAGAAGAUCUGGAACCGGAAGAAAUGCAAUAUGAAGAAAAAGAAGCAUUAUACAAGGCCGUGUGUGAGGGCGACAUUGAUGAAGUUGAAAUUCUGCUGGACAAAGAAAAUGCCGACAUAAACAUGGAAUGGUUCAGUGAAAAUCUCCUUGUGGCAGCUAUACGCCAUGGUAAAGAAGAAAUGGCGGAAUUUCUUCUCGACAAUGGUGUAGAUAGAAAUUUUGAGACAUCUCGCUUGGAAAGAGCUGAAGACGAAACAGGGGAGGUGAGCUUGUCUUGGUACUCAGUUUCAUGUCGCCAGAUGGCGUACGACGCAGGGAUGCACGACUUGGUAGAACUCAUUGACUACAUGAAUGGGGACCUCUUUAAAUUCAUUAAACCACGCGAAAGAGUACCAAGGAUAAGAAGACAUUUUUCAGAAAUGGAAGUUGAUUCCGAGAAUGAGGAGGAAAAUGAUACGGAAGGGUUAUUUUCUUCAAGUGAAAAAUUGAACGUUGGGAGCGUCAGCGAAAUGGCAGAUUCAGGGUGCGGGUUUUUAGAGGAAUUAGACAGUGAGAAUGAGAAAAGAAAAAGGAAACACACCAGUGGGCGAGAAGAACACGAAACAAGCGAAUCUGAAAACAGUGCUAACAAAAUGCGACCAGAUGAUGGAUACGAAACUCUUUCACCUUCACCAAGAACUUCACCUGUGUUUCGGCACUCAUACAAAAACAAGAAAAUCGGCGAACAGUACGAAUCGAGAGAAGAAAUAUCAGAUAUUUCCCCUCGUUUAUAUGGAAAAAGGACAGAUUUAUCCUCAAAACAGCCGCCUCGCUCAAAAAUACACAACUGCUCGUCGACGUUUUCUCGCCCGCCAAAACAAUUUCAGCCCGUUGUAACUGCGAUUGGUAGUUACAGAUAUGAAAGUAAUUUGUGGUCCCCAGCAAAUAUGUACAGGUUUAAAAGAUCAAAAACAAAGUCAACCAACCCAUAUCAAACUUCGACAAACCCUGUGAGGGUGCACAACAGAGAUCAAACAUUUAAGGCAACUUCAUCGUUAAAAGGGAUUCUUAAAAAGAGACCCGCACAGUCCUAUUCGGAUAAUUUACAUACUUCAUCCCCAACGCUUUCAACAAGGCCUACGGCCGCAGUGCAAAAGGGUCCCCAUCCCGACACAACUUUGACAACUCCGCAGCAAAUCGCCAUUGCAACGCACGAGAAGACGACACGCCUAUUAAAGCGGCAAUCGAACUUACCGCCAACAAUUAGAGCACAUACGCAAGAACCUAGUGUAUUCGAAAGACUUCACUAUGGAGCGGCUCAUUACAAGAGCCCUAAUAUCUCGCAUAUAGCGGCGGGGAAUUCCAACAAAUUGGUAACCGCUAGAGCAAAUCUCGUUCACAAUUUAUAUGAUUCAAAAUCAAUUCACAACAGGCGCUACUGAAGAUUGAUUUUGCAGGCUAAUUCGGAAUAAAGGUCUGUUAUUAUAUACAAAUGUCAUAUUUGACAUAUUUAAAUUAGCUGUAAAUUACUAGGGUUACCUUAAGUUUUCAUUUAGACAAUUAAACUCGUCAAAUCAU